AACUGCUCUUAUAAAUUCUGUAAGCCUGUGAAAAAGGGACAAAGUGAAUCUGACUAAAAGAGGAAGGAAUACAGCGAGGGUGCAAGAAAACAUCUGCUUCUUCUGAGAGUUUAUAUCUGAGAAACAUUUCCACACCGCUGUCUACUGAGGAAACAUGGGGCUGCUGCAAGUCUCCGUCUUCUUUCUUCUUUCUUUAAUCGCGAUGACUUUAGCAGAGCCGCCUGGAUGCAAGAUCCGCAUCACUGACAGAGGACUGGAGAUGUUGAAGGCCGAGACAAAGAAGUUCGUGGAAGAAGAGUUGAGUAACAUCACCAUGCCAGAGAUGCGCGGUGAAGAGGGCCGCUUCCAGUACACCAUCAAAGAUGUGAAGAUCACGGAGCUGAACCUGACCUCUGACCUGCGCUUCCAGCCUGACGUGGGGCUGAUGUUCGAGGUGCAGAACUCCUCCAUCACCCUCAACUUCCAGAGACGCAUCCUUUACUGGCUCUUUUAUGAUGAGGGAGCCAUCAACGCCUCCGCUGAAGGUGUCAACAUCUUCACAGUCCUCCAUCUCAUCAAAGACCAGGACGGACGUCUCAAGAUCUCCAAUGUCACCUGUAAUGCGUCCAUCGCCAAGAUGAGGGCCAGAUUUAGUGGGACACUCGGGAGGGUUUAUGACUUUAUCGGUGCUUUCGUGACUACAGGAAUGCGCUUUCUUUUAAAUAAACAGAUCUGUCCUGCUUUGAAUCAUGCCGCACUAGUUCUGAUUAACCAGCUACUGGAAACAAUCCCAGUUCGCACAGAGGUGGACAGCUACGUGGGCAUCGAUUACUCACUGCUAAGUGACCCUGUGGUGACGGAAACUAGCCUUGAUAUGGAUUUUAGGGGCAUGUUUUACAACCUGAAGAACGAGAACGAGGUGCUCGUGAACUAUGCUAUGAAUCCGAUAGUGAGAGAGUAUGAUCGUAUGAUCUAUCUAGCGCUCUCCGAAUUCUUCUUUGACAGCGGCCUCUUCUCUUACUUCAAAGGCGGACUGUUCCAAAUGCAGAUUGCAAACGAACGAAUGCCGAAGGACUUAGAGAUGCUCCUCAGGACCACCUACCUGGGGACAAUCAUGAUGUUGAACCCGGCUCUAAUGGAGCAUCCUCUCUCGCUGGAGUUAGAGGUUACAUCUCCUCCUCGCUCCACUAUCAAGACCUCUGGAGCUAAUGUGGCUGUCAACUGUAACGUCAAAGUGUUGGUUCUUCCUCCAGGAAAACCAGCAGUCCAGCUCAGCAGCAUGACUAUGGAAGGCAAAUUCAAUGCAAAAGUAUCAAUGAAGGGCAAGCGCUUGGCCAUCCAUUUAGAUCUGAGAAGGUUUAAAAUAUUCUCCAAUCAAUCUGCUCUUGAGUCUUUGGCUCUUAUUCCACUGCAAGGUCCGUUGAAAACGAUGCUGCAGAUAUCUGUGGUGCCUCUCAUUAACAAUUACAUUAAGCGAGGUGUGCAGAUCCCUCUUCCGGACGGGAUAGACUUCAUUGAAGAGGUGGUGGAGUAUCAUAACGGCUACAUCAUCGUGGGGGCAAACCUACACUUCAGAACAGGUCUGAGAGAAUUAAUCGAGAGGAAGCUGUCGGGUGAGACAGACAACUCAAUUUAAGACCAGAGAAGAGUCUCUGCGCAGAUACUAAAAUAUGCAGCAAUAAAUGGAGGUUUAAAAGAGAAGAACUAACCUUCCAGCAGAAGCAUGAAGUUAAUUAACUGUACAUAACAUCUGAUCCUCAAGACCUGCUAUCAUUACAGUCAACAUGACCUCGAAAUUCAACCGAUUUAUUCUCUGAAUACACAUUCCUUCAUGCCAACAUGCAAUCCCUAUUUUUUCAAAUUUCCUCCCAAUAUUAUACUGCUUUUAUAACGAACAUUGGCAGUGUCUAACAAUAAUGAGUGCAAAUCACCAACCUUGUCAGCAAAGGCUGUUUUCACGAUUGCUUUAGCACAAAUAGAGCAUUUUUUUUCUAUUUACACUUUGUGCAAACAGUAUCUAUCACUAUUUGUUCUCAGUGUAAACAGCUGUUGCAUGAAGAUUACACCAGUAUAAGCAACUAAGGAUAUAUUUACUAAAAGCAGCAUUAGCGUUUGGAUAUGUUGAGAUGCUCUUGAGGAUGGCAUUUCAAUAGAAAACAGAUCCCCAUAAAGCAAUACCGACUUACAUUCAGUCAUGACUCUGUUUUACUAUCGAACACCCACCCAAUUAAUCAGUGCAUUAAUACGAAGUACCAAACUCAAUUUUUUACCCACAUUUCAGAAGCCAAAUGGGUUGCAAAUACAGGUUCAUGUUGACUUUAAGGUAUUGCACAAGUGUCUGAACCCUGAAAACACCUGUACAACUCUUAUACUGUGUGCUUAGAUGUAUAAAACAAUGUAUUUGUACUUUAAGUUGUACUUAAAUUUUUUUUUUUUUUUACAAGUUUUAUCGUAUAUUGAUUGUUUAAUAUGAGAUUUUGGUUUGCCAUCCUCAUUUGUGAAUGAAAUCACUGCACCUCUUUAUAAAAAUCAGCAAAUGUUACCGUU